GCCAGCCGAACAGGUCUCGGCGCGCGGAGACUUCUUGGAGAGUUUAAGCGCCAGGACUGCGGCGGCUGUGAGAGCGAGCUCUCCGGCACUUGCGUCCGGCUUGGCGAUGCUGACUCCCGCGUUCGACCUCAGCCAGGACCCGGAUUUCCUGACGAUCGCCAUCCGCGUGCCCUACGCUCGGGUCUCCGAGUUCGACGUCUAUUUCGAGGGGACCGAUUUCAAGUUCUACGCCAAGCCAUACUUUCUCAGGCGAGUUCUGGGCGCUUGGCGAUUGACCCUUCCUGGAAGAAUUGUUGAAAAUGGAAGUGAACAAGGGUCCUAUGAUGCAGAUAAAGGAAUUUUUACCAUUCGAUUGCCCAAAGAAACUCCUGGCCAGCAUUUUGAGGGGCUGAACCUACUAACUGCUCUUCUGGCACCAAGAAAAUCCAGGACGGCAAAACCACUUGUGGAAGAAAUAGGUGCUUCUGGGGUUUCUGAGGAAGUAGUAGAAAAUGAUGAUGAAGAAUUUGAUUGGGAAAUUGAACAAAUACCCUAUGAAGAGGUAGCAGAAAGUGCUUUAAAUCCAGAGUGCCACUAUGGAUUUGGGAACUUACGAUCAGGAGUGGUUCACCGGUUACAGGAUGAAUUAAGUGAUGUUAUUGAUAUUAAGGAUCCAGAUUUCACUCCUGCAGCUGAACGACGGCAGAAACGCCUGGCUGCUGAGCUGGCCAAAUUUGAUCCUGAUCAUUAUCUAGCUGACUUUUUUGAAGAUGAGGCGGUUGAACAGAUUUUGAAGUAUCAUCCUUGGUGGACUGACACACACUCAAAAAUGAUGGCUGUUUUGGAAAAGAGUCAGGAGCAAGAAAAUCAUGCUGCGUUAGUAUCUUUUUCUGAAGAAGAAAAAUGUCAGUUACGGAAAUUUGUCAAUAAAUCUUACCUGCUGGACAAAAGAGCCUGUAGUCAGGCAUACUACGGUUUGAUUGAUAUCCUUCUGGCGUAUUGCUAUGAAACUUGUGUCACUGAAGGAGAGAGGAACGUUGAAUCUGCAUGGAACAUCAGAAAACUGAGUUCAACACUGUGCUGGUUUGAGACGUGGACUAACGUUCAUGAGAUCAUGGUAUCUUUUGGAAGAAGAGUUUUGUGCUACCCACUUUAUCGCCAUUUCAAGCUGGUGAAGAAGGCCUACAAAGACACUAUAAAGAUACUGCAGCUGGGUAAAAGUGCAGUUUUAAAGUGUUUCCUGGAUAUUCACAAAAUUUUUCAAGAGAAUGACCCAGCAUAUAUUCUAAAUGAUCUCUAUAUCUCGGACUACUGUGUAUGGAUUCAGAAAGCCAAGUCCAAAAAGUUGGCAGCCCUUGCAGAAGCCUUAAGGGAAGUCUCCCUUACAAAAGCUCAGCUGGGAUUAGAACUGGAAGAGCUGGAGGCAGCAGCACUUCUUGUCCAGGAAGAAGAAACUGCAUUAAAAGCAGCCCAGUCAGUUUCCGAGCAGCAGACACUUUGCUCCAGUUCAGAGGCAAGCGAUUCAGAGGAAUCAGACAGCACCCCAUCAUCUGGAACUGAAGACUCAGACUCAGAUUCAGAACAAGAAGAGCUCAAAGAGAGUCAGCCUGAGACAGUCAAUUCUUUGCUAGGUCCUUUUCUUGAGGAAAGUAGUGCCCUGCAUAUUGAUGACGGCGGGAUGUGCAGAAACACAGCUGUCCAGAGGCUUGAUGUUGGUCAGGAAAAGCCACUUGCCUCUUCCUGGGCUUUUGGAGUCUCUGGGUCCCUGAUAGAGGAGCUUGGGGAACAACUGAAGAGUACGGUUCAGGUUUCAGAACCUGAGGGCACCACUGCUGUAAACCAUAGCACUAUGCGAGAACGAAACAGCCAUGAUGCUCCAAGUAAUUGACUUUCUAAGUGGUUUUAUUCGUUGUAGAGGAUAUCUCAUUUGGUUUUAUUUACUGAAUUAGAAUUUCUUAUUUUCACUUUGUAUUUUUUCUUAGUGCGUAUAUAUAUAUAUAUAUGUAUGUUUUUGUUUGUUUUUUGAGACAGAGCCUCAAGCUGUCACCCGAGUGCAGUAGCAUCACAGCUCACAGCAACUUCCAACUCCCGGGCUCAAGCAAGUCUUUUGCCUCUGCCUCCCAAGUAGCUGGGACUACAGGCACCUGCCACAAUGCCCUGCUAAUUUUUUUUUUUUGGUUGCAGCUGUCGUUGUUGGGCGGGCCUGGGCUGGAUUCGAACCCACCAACUCAGGUGUAUGUGGCUGGUGUUUUAGCCUCUUGAGCCACAGGCACCAAGCCUUUUCUUAGUAUAUAUAGUCGGCCUUUCAUAUUUGUGAAUUUCUCAUCUGUGGAUUCAAACAAUUACAGAUUGAAAAUAUUUAAGGAAAAAUUGUAUCUGUACUGAACAUGCACAGUCAUUUUUAUCCUUGUCAUUAUUUUCUAAACAAUACAGCAUAACAGGCCAGGUGUGGCAGUUCACGCUUGGAAUCCCAGCACUCUGGGAGAUCAAGGCAUGAGGAUUGCUCAAGCUCAGAAACUCAAGACCAGCCGGAGCAAGAGCGAGACUCUAUCUCUACUAAAAGAAAAAAUUAGCUGGGCAUCAUGGUAGGCAUGUGUAGUCGUAGCUACUUGGGAGGCUGAAGCAGGAGGAUUGCUUGAGCCCAAGAGUUUGAGGUUGCUGUGAGCUUAGCUAAUGCUGAGGAACUCAAGCAUAGGCAACAGAGUGAGACUCUGUCUUUAAAAAAAAAAAAAAAUUAUAUAUAUAUAAUAAUUUAAUAGUUAUAACUAUUUCCAUUGUAUUUGGGUAUUAUGAAUAGUGUAGAGAUAAUUUAAAAGAUAUGAGAGGAUGUGGGUAGGUUAUAUGCAAAUACUAUGCUAUUUUAUAUUAAGGACUUGAGCAUCUGAGGAUUUUCAGCUCUGCAGGGCUGGGAGUCCUGGAACCAAUCUCCCACAGACUAUGAGGGAUAACUGUACAGCACUGUUUUUCAGUGAGCUAAUGUUUAUGCCUUUUGGUUUCCUGUUGUAACUUGUUUCUUUAAAGUUUAAAGGUCUAGAUGGAGAUAAUACAUUGUUCUACUGCUAGAGUCUCUAGAAUGUAGAGGUCAUUAAUAUUUUCAUUUUAACUUUCCUGAGACAUACUUGACACAUAAUAAACUGCAUGUAUUUAAAACAUACAGUGUGAUAAAUGUUGGCAUGUGUGUACACCAAGUAUUGUCCCCAAGUCUCCCCCUGUGCUUUUGUUAUUCCUUCCUCCCACCUGUCCGCUUGUCCCCAACCCCCAGGCAACCAUCAGUCUACUUUCUUUUCUUUUUUUUUUAAUAUUUUAUUUAAUUAAUUAAUUAAUUAUUUUGCAGUUUCUGGCCGGGGCUGUAUGUGAGUUUGCAUCUCCUAGAAUGUUAUGUAAAUUGAAUUAUUCAAUAUGCAUCUUUUUUUGGUCAGGUUAUUUUACUCAGUAUAAUUAUUUUGAGAUUCACUCCUAGUAGCAUGUGUCAGGUUUUCUUUUUUUCAUUGCUGAGUAUUAUUUCACUGAAUAGAUUUGUCCAUUUACCUAUUGAUGGACAUUUGGAUUGUUUCCAGUUUGAAGCUGUUAUAAAUAAAGCAUUAUGAGCA